AUGAGAGACAACCAGACAUGGGUCACGGAAUUCAUCCUGGUGGGACUCCAGCUCAGCGCAGAGAUGGAGAUGCUCUUCUUCUGGGUCUUCUCCCUGUUGUACAUCUUCAGCCUGCUGACAAAUGGCAUAAUCUUGGGGCUCAUCUACCUGGACCCCAGGCUGCACACCCCAAUGUACUUCUUCCUCUCACACCUGGCCAUCCUUGACAUCUCUUACGCUUCCAACAAUGUCCCCAAGAUGCUAGCGAACCUCGCGACCCAGAAAAAAAACAUCUCCUUUGUUCCAUGCGUCACACAGACGUUCUUGUACUUGGCCUUUGCAGCUUCAGAGUGCUUGAUUUUGGCAGCAAUGUCCUAUGAUCGGUUUGUGGCCGUCUGCCACCCGCUGCACUAUACCGUCGUCAUGAGUUGGAAAUUGUGUGUAGCCCUGGCUGCCACUUCCUGGUCGUGUGGGUUUAUCCUCUCCAUGGCUCACAUAAUUCUCCUGCUAAGGCUGCCCUUCUGUGGGCCCCGGGAGGUGAACCACCUCUUCUGUGAAAUCCUGGCUGUUCUCAAGCUGGCUUGUGCUGACACCUUGAUUAACCAAGUUGUCAUCCUUGCUGCCUGUGUUUUUGUCUUAGUUGGGCCUCUUUGCUCAAUGCUCGUCUUACACAUCCUCAGGACAAUCCUAAAAAUGCAGUCAAAGGAGGGCCGCAGGAAGGCCUUCUCCACCUGUUCCUCCCAUCUCUGCGUGGUAGGGCUCUUCUUUGGGAUAGCCAUGUUGGUUUACAUGGUUCCUGACUCUGACCAACGAGAGGAGCAGGAGAAAAUUUUGUCAUUGUUUCACAGUCUCUUUAACCCAAUGCUGAAUCCCCUCAUCUACAGCCUGAGGAAUGCCCAGGUGAAAGAAGCCUUCCACAGAGCACUGCAGAAGAGAUCUGUGUGA